AUGUCCCUAGCAUAUUUCAGGACACACCGUCUCAGCCCACCCCCACGGAGGGCGGAUCUGGUUCAUCAUCCAAGGAGGAGGCGCAGGCACAGGAGGAAACGCCUGCAACCACUGAGCCGGCCCCGGUCGUCAGCGAGACAUGGGGGGGGGGGGGAGAGAAAAGCAAAGAAGAAGCACAUUUUGAAGAAGAGUAAGAAGAGUAAGCCUUCUGACACUGAGGACGAGUCAGGUAAGUCAUCUUCAGACUCUGACAGUGACACCCCACUGGAAGAGUACCUGGGCGAGGAUAUUUCUGGGGUCCCUCUUCGGGUUCACAAGAGGAGGGCUAAUUCACAUCGUAAAACAUUUAAUGGGUCCUUGGAAUGGAAGGGUGGUGCCUUGGUGGAGGACGUUAAGACGUCCACUAAUGUUUCCACAGACUUCAUUUUGGACAAUCACCUGUCCAAGAGGAAAAGGACCGAGAUUCUAAAUGGGGAUUAUGUAGAUAUGUUCACCCUGCUUCCACCAAUGAAAGUGUCAGGGAAGGGGGAAAAGAAGCACACGUAUGGGAAACGAAGGUACAGAACAGAGCGCAAUUUUGAGAAUUGGCUGGAUGGUUUUCAGGUUUUCAUGGGAGUAAUUUCUGCUUGUUACCCCAAACACAGUAUGCAUCUGGCAGCCUACCUGGCCCACGUAAGAAGGGCCUAUGCCCUGGCCGGGGAGGUGGCCGCUUUAACCUAUGAUGAAGAUUUUCGCAGAAACGCUUCUUUGCUACCCACUACCCGCUGGGACCUUAGAGACCAGAACUAUUGGAUGGAGCAUGUGGGUCCUUGUGUCGAAAAGAAACCUCAGGACCCAUUUAAGUCUGGGAAGGUCGAGCUAAAACGACGUAGGCAGUGUUGGGAGUAUAACCGCGGAACUUGUGUGUGUCCAGGUUGUAAGUACUUGCAUGAAUGUGAAAAGUGCCUGGGCAAUCAUCUGGCCACAUCUUGCUUUAAAGGUAAGCAGCCCUUUCGGGGUGGCAGGGGGCACUUUCACCAGGGAAACCGAGGUGCCCCCGGUCCCUCCCAAAGGACAGCCAGAAACAGCUACUAA